AGCAGUUUUCUUGCGUUCGAGAGAGAAAAAGCAGUUAUCUUUGGCUGUUUCCUGGGCGAUUGGAGCUCCUUUUCGUGAAUGGCUGUCGGAUCACAGAAUCUGUUGGCUGUUUCUUGGGCGGUGGUUCUGUUGGCGGUUCAUUUAUCGUCGACGGCGACGACGGCUCUGAUCUCGGCUCCCGAUCUUAAUCCUCCUCCUCCUCCUCCAUACCCCAAAGCCAUCUCCGAUUUGAAGGAAGCGAUUGUUAAGGGAUUAGGGCUUCAAACAGAUGAUUUUAAGAUAUCUGGGUUUGAUCUGAAAGAUGCCUUGGUGGGUCAUUCGGUAUCAUACGAAUUUGAUGUAGAGAUUGAUAAUAAAGUUCUUCCUUUCAAGCUUUUGGAAGAUGUCAAUAGAUGGGAAUAUGUCGAUCUUCCCAUCUUUCAACCUGAUCAACUCUUGAAUAAGAAUGGAUUGGUUAAAACAUCAGAAGAUGAUGGCUUGCCAGUUUUGGCUCCAUUCCAAUUGGCUGGACCUAUGGAACUCUGGAUCCAGGAUGCCAAGGACAUGCGAAUUUCAUUGCCGCAUGAUGUGGAUGCAGGAGUGUUGAAAAAGGUGAUAUUGGCUGAUGGUGCUGUAGUAACUGUAAAAGGCGCGAGAUCAGUUAGUCUACGCCACCCAAUUGAGCUACCACUUCCUUUGAACAGAACCCAGACCAAGUUUGCUUCAGGCCUACUCAAGCUAGCUGAGCAUCUUCAUCAAGCAUCUAUUACUAACGAUGGUCCUCUCCUCUCGCUUCGUAUCGUCGGUCCAACAUCCCUCUCUUCGCCUUCGUCGUCUCCUUCAUCCUCCAACCGUCUCAAGCUCAAAAGGCUAGCUCCGGGUCUUGUGGAGUUAUCUUCAACGUCGAAAUCCAAGAAAAACACAGAGCCCACCACCUCUGUUGAGCUAUCUUCAACAAAAACUGCUAUUCUAACUCCAAAGCAUUUCACUACAAUGUGGCCUCUAACUUCGAUCAACGGGUCAAAUGCUAACCUCAUUGGAUUCGAAUCGCUUCUGGCAUCUGUUCUUGGGGAAAAGGCUAACAAGAAGGGGUCUUUCAAGCUGUUAAAGGCGGAUGUGUCUGCUCAGACGUUUGUGAAGAUAGGAUUCGGGGUUGAGAAGAAGUUGAAAGAUGAAUUGGUUGGAUACCCGGAAUGGAGAACCAGACCAGAGACAAUGAGGAUGCAUUUUGAGGUGUUGGCUAAGGUUGAUGGAGAUAAGGUUGUUGCAGAGAGAGUUGUGCAGGUUGAUCCUGUAGCUAUGGAGGAAGGUAUUGCACCUCAUGUUGUUACUGGUAAUGUUUCUAUGUCUAGGUCUUCAACUGCUUUUCCUCCCUCGAAUCCCUUCACUUUGUAAGAAAAACUCAAAAUAAAAAUACAUAUAUACAUGAACAAAUAUUAUUAGGAGAGUUUUGUUCUAUUAUUCAUUGAUAUGUCUUAUUUUUUCCUCCUCAUUUGUAUAUUGGUGGCUAU